AUGGCCCCUCUACUUCGAUCUAUCGUUGCACUAACAUUGCUUACUUUUGUCUCCAAUGCCCGGUGUUUGCCACAGUCUUCGGAACCCAAGCUGCCAUUGAACGAGGUCGACAACUCCGGUGCAACUCCCUUGCCUCCACCUUCUGGAGCCCUCAAGCACGUUGUGCUCGGUGCAGGAUUCCAGAACUACACUUGCACGACCGCCGGAACCUACGUUCAGAACGUGUCCCCAGCAGGCGCGUUUGCUCGGCUCUAUGAUAUUACAGCCGAAGUCAGCAAAUCGAAACGCGACCACAUCACCAAAGCCACCUUGAAAGCCUUGGAGGCCUGCCUCAAGAAGACCAAGUGUAGUCCGAGCGCCAGCAACGGCUACUGCGACAACUGCUAUCGCAUGGGCGAGGCUUUUGCUCGGAGACAACCCGCUGGAGAACACUUUUUCGAGCAGGUCAAUGGCACCCAAACACCAAACUUCGACAUGUCGGGAUCUGGCGACUAUCUUUCAGCCAAGAAGGUCGGUAGUGCCAAAGCGCCUAGCAGCGCUUACUCUGGAGCGAAUAGACUUGGAGCGGUCGACUGGCUGUACCUCGUGGACAAUGCUAGCGGCCGUUCACAUGGCAUGUCGAGCGUUUAUCGUGUCGAGACUGCGGGUGGUGUUGCGCCGAAGACCUGCAGCACGGCGGGGUCUUUGGUUCAAGUUCCUUGCGUCCAAACUUGUUCCUCUCGCGAAAAUUGGUAUCGAGCAAAUCGAUACGCGGACAGCGACACGUUGACAAUUCGAGGUUUGAAGGACGGCGGCAAGAAAGCUGUGGCUGCGAAGAAGGGAAGAGCAACCAGGAUCAGCGGAUCCGAGCUUUUCCCACGCCACCAAGAACCCCGGAACAUCGACCUCGACCUCGUCGCUCCCAUGUUGUUCUACGAUAUCACCUACCAGGAACGCGAGCAACUGGUGCAUUGCUACUGA